UUGAAUGAAUUGAAGGGUCUUGAGGUAGUUUGCAUUGUGAGGGAAUUUCAAGGACGGGAAGAGGCGGGUGCUGCUGCGAGGGAGGAGGGAGGAGGUCAGGGAAGGGGAAGAAGGAUAAACCCCAUCCUCUGUCUUAUUCUAGUAAGGCAGUAAAGCUAGCGGCUGUCAAAUUGUAUGCAUGGGUCGUAGACGUUCUGGUUUCCGUUCACGUUCCGGAAAAUCCAGUUCCUCCGGCAGAAGUUCAAAAGGUUAUACUGCUCCUAAACAGGAUGAGCUUGUGGAGAGAUAUCCCGGGGCUGCUAGGGUUGUUCGCCGCCCUCAACCUACUGAUGAUGUUGCCUCUGAAAGGGAAGACAUUGAUGAUGAUCUCAAAUUUCCGCAUCAUCUUUGUGGGCGUUUUCUUAAGAAUGCAAUUGAUGCAACCCUUUUGAAGGGGAAAGAUUCUGACCAUAGUGAACACUACCGAAGCAUGGUACUUGAGUUUUGUGGUAUUGAGGUGGAUGUUGGCAAGUUAGAUAAUGGCUCUAUUGGCACUAGUCCAGAAUCCAGUUCCUCCAGCAGAAAUUCAAAAGGUUAUGCUGCUCAGGAUGGGCUUGUGGAGGGUUGUUCGCCACCCUCUACGUACUGAUGAUGUUGCCUCUGAAAGGGAAGACAUUGAUGCUAUUCUCAAAUUUCCGCAUCCUCUUUGUGGGCGUUUUCUUAAGACUGCAAUUGAGGCAACGCUUUUGAGGGGGAAAGAUUGUGGCUUUAGUGUACUACCGAAGCAUACACCAGGAUUUUCCUUCCAUGCCGUUCCCAUUGGCGUCUUCGUCCUACUCGGACCCGUCAGAGUCUUCUGACUUUCUAGGUGGGUUAGUUCUCUUUUUAUGUUCCAUCAUGAGCUAAUCUAACGUUACUUGCCUUUCGUUAAUGCGCCCUACAACUUGUCAACGUGUUUCUCUUUGAAGUUGCAGCACUCGUGAAACUUCAUCUUAUUGAUAGUCGUCUCCAUGGUCCACCAGAGAUUUGAUGAAACCCUCCAUGUUGAUUAGUAGCUCAUCGUUUGCUGAAAUCAUGCCCACAGCCGUGGCUCCUUUCAGUAAAUCUGUCAUUUUUGCCUUCCGAGAGAGAGAGCUCAUCGGAUCUUCUUCAUCAAGAAGGGUUUUGACACGUUUGUGGUCAUCAGGGCUUACCUUGAUGACUACCUUCCCAGGAGCUAGUUUCUCACACACAAGGAUGGUGUGCUUGAACGACGUCGGUAGUUCGUUCAGAAAGUGUUGUGCAAAUGCAGUAACGCGACUAGGCUUCAUUUGUCAGAGUGGAGAUAAGAGAGAAGGAUGAAGUAUAAAGAGGUGGAGGGAGUAUAAAUAUAAUAAUGUAACAGCAUUCUCAUCCUCCUUCCCUUACCCUCUUUAAUACUCCCUCCACCUCUUUAUACUCCAUCCUCCUCUCUUAUAUCCACUUUCUCACAAAUGAAGCCUAGUCAUGUUACUGCAUUUGCACGACACUUUCUGAAUAGACUACCCACGUCGUUCAAGUACACCAUCCUUGUGUGUGAGAAACUAGCUCAUGGGAAGGUAAUCAUCAAGGUAAGCCCUGAUGACCACAAGUGUGUCAAACCCUUUUUGAUGAAGAAGAUCCGGCGAGCUCUCUCUCUCGAUAGGCAAAAAUGACAGACUUAUUAAAAGGAGCCACGGCUGUGGGCGUGGUUUCAGCAAAUGGGGAGCUACUAAUCAACAUGGAGAGUUUCAUCAAAUCUCUGUUGUACCAUGGAGACGGCUAUUAACAAGAUGAAGUUUCACGAGUGCUGCAACUUCAAAGAAAAACACGUUGACAAGCUGAAUGGCGCAUUAACGAAAUGCAAGUGACGUUAGAUGAGCUCGUGAUGGGAGAUAAAAAGGGAACUAACCCACCUAGAAAGUUCAAAGACUCUGACUGGUCAGACGAAGAUGCCAACGAGAACGGCAUUGAAGGAAAAUCCUGAUGGAUCCAAUUCGGCAGUGGCGAAUCCAGGAUUCUCGAGUCACAGUGUAAAUGUGUCGAAUUUUUUUUAGGCUAAACUGUUGAGGCAUUUUUUUAGGAUAAAUGAGUAAUUUCCUAUCCAACUAUUUAAAUAAUAAGAAUAACAAAUUUUUUUAAAAAAACACACUAAUACUC